GCGUUAUUCACGACCAUCUAUGUAUCCGUACCAUAUCAUCCACCUAGUUUUCUUCAUACGUACAAUUGAAUCAUGGGAGAUGCACUCGGUAGAUAAUCUGUCACUCACACCAUUAGCGCGGGGAUGAUUCAGCCAGCAUUCUUGCUAGACUCAUAACGGACUCUACCUUGUUCAGAAUGGCAUAGUGCAGUGCAGUACGGUGCAGUAUCAAUAAACCGGAAGGUGCUGCAAUACAACUCACCUACUAUGUAGAUUGAGCCAUCAGGAGCCGCUUCCCGUAACCGUAAAUGCCAGUCACACCUGAAUACUACGAGCGGGAAUGCUAAACCCUCGAACCUAGAUUUAUACGACCUGCUGCGCACCGACUACUUUUCUUCCGUUUUGCCAGCUUUGGCUGCUCUACUGGGAUGCCACUUCCAUUCCAACUUUUCUUCAUUCAAUCCCAAUUAGCGAGAAGUCUCACCGCAUCUCUUCUCUUCUCAUAUUACCUCGUCGUCUCCCCGCAUCAAUUCACCCGUUUUCUAUCUCUAGGGUCUAGAUAGAGUCUCUAGUCUUGGAUUUUGUAUAGAGAUGUCUACAUUCUGCUGAUCUGGGUACCAUCAAUUUUAACUUUCCCCCGCGUCAAAAUGGGCUUCGAAUAUGCCUUAGUCCAUCUCAAAUAUAACAUCCCGCCAGCCAUCGUCUUAACAUUCAUUUACCGGCCUUUCGUUCGGCGGAUAGAUGUAUAUAAGAUUCUAUUCCUCAUAGCUAUUGCUGUCGUUUCAACCAUUCCUUGGGAUUCAUAUCUCAUCAAGCGGAAAAUAUGGACAUAUCCACCUAAUGUGAUCAUUGGUCCUAAACUAUUUCUGAUUCCCGCUGAAGAACUAUUUUUCUUUGUGAUACAGACAUACAAUACGAGUCUUCUAUAUUUGCUCUUAAGCAAACCCGUUUUUCAUUCGGCCUACCUUGGCGGCUGGGAGUGUCCGGGUGAAAAGAAACAGAAAGCUUGGGGUUCGCUGGUUCCGCCGGUUUCUUUAAAAUCUGCGCGAAGUUUAGGGCAACUAAUCCUUGGAUCUCUGAUUCUAACGGGAGGCUUCCUCAUCGUGCAAAAUGCUAGAGGAACGUAUUUAGGAUUGAUUCUGGCUUGGGCAGGACCAUUUGCCCUACUACUGUGGAGUCUCUCUCACGAAUUCUUGAUGAGACUUCCAUACACAGCCACUCUAUUGCCAAUUGCUGCAUCCACUUUAUAUUUAUGGAUAGUUGACACAUUGGCAUUGAAAAGAGGCACGUGGAGCAUCGAAACAGGGACAAAAUUAGGUCUGCACUUAUGGGAUGGACUUGAAAUAGAAGAAGCUGUGUUUUUUCUUGCAACCAACAUACUUAUUGUGUUCGGUCUUGUUGCUUUCGAUCAUGCAUUGGCUAUUUUGUUUACCUUUCCUGACUUGUUUCCAACUGUUCCCGAAUGUCCCUCUCCCAAAAUGCUGGUGUGUGCACUUUUAACAGACACAUGCAAGUACGAUAACCUUCGCAUUGCAGGUAUUCAAGAGGCUGUCGAGCUAUUGAGACAAAAGAGCAGAAGUUUCUAUCUGGCAAGCUCCGUCUUUCACGGCCGCCUACGAAUUGACUUGAUCCUGUUAUACUCUUUUUGUAGAGUUGCUGAUGAUCUUGUUGAUGAUGCAAACACUGAUUCUGAGGCUCGCGAAUGGAUCGCCAAACUCACCCACUACCUUGACCUAGUGUAUGCAUCAAAAGAAACGGCCAAUGUGGCUGCUUCGUGCCGUUCUGACGUUGAUAAAUACAUCCAAAAUAGCUUUCCACCAUCUUUAUAUCGGACGCUUCGCCUUCUACCAACCCACAUUUUGUCGCCUAGGCCAUUAUACGAGUUACUGGAAGGAUUCAAGACAGAUUUAGAAUUUCAUCAAGCAAAUCGUUACAAAAAUACUGGUGAAUUCCCCAUCAGAGAUGAGCACAAUCUUACGAUAUAUAGCAGAAGAGUUGCUGGGACAGUAGCUGAAAUGUGCUUGGAACUAGCUUUCUAUCAUACUUCAGCUGUUGUCUUGUCGCACCGACGUGACGAGUUGAUUCGUGCCGGGGCUCGCAUGGGAAUAGCUCUACAGUAUAUUAACAUCUGUAGAGAUGUAGCAACGGAUGCCGCAAUCGGAAGAGUCUACCUUCCAUCUUCUUGGCUCGAGGAGGAAGGCUUGCAACCUCAGCAUAUUGUGGAAAACCCUACCGGGCCAAUCAUUGACAAACUGAGAGGAAGAUUGUUAAACAAGGGGUUUGCCAUCUACCAGGAGGCUCGCCCUGCUAUUGAACAAGUUCCAGAAGAUGCUAGGGUAUCAAUGAGAGUUGCUGUUGAAAGUUACGUUGAGAUAGGAAGGGUCCUCAAGGAAAAUGAAUACAAAGUUGCCCAAGGUCGCGCAACAGUACCCAAACUGAGGCGUAUCGGAGUUGCUUGGAAGGCGUUGAGGCAAGGCUGAUAAGUUUUGAUAUAUCAUUAAUAUUCUAUAAUUGUAUUAUGGACUUCCCAGCAUACCAUUUCCAGCAACAUAAAUAUAAACAUAGAUAGGGAAUUGAGACAUAUUUAUCGAAUCACCA